AAUUCCUGUGAUUCGCGUUAAUCGAAUAUCCAAUAGUUAUUUUACGGUUGAGUCUUAAAAACCAGGACUUGAGUUUCACGACUUGGAAAGAUCUAAUUUCGCGCUGUUUGAGCUUCUGAAACUUUGUGUUUCGGUUCGACCUCCCGUUUAUCCCAUUACUUGCAUCUUCUGAUACUUUUCUCCACUCAGGGGAUGCUUGCACGGGUCCCCAGAGCCAGUCGCCGGAAACUCGAAUUGAAAUCUAUUUCGGAACUUUCGCUUAAUCAACAAGUUACUUUCGCGAACCCUUUGGCUUAAGCUCGCUCUGUCGCUCCCAAAAGCCGAUUUCGAGUGCGAUGCUGGGCUAAGCCAUUUGACGGAGCUCCACAAACGCUGGCAUGCAACAUUCAAAGGGAAUCGCAAAUUGAAGGCACCGUCGCGGAUUCAGGUGACGCGGACUGACUGCGUCCUCGCCAUUUUCCGGUAUUUUGAUUUUGAUUUCGCUUUCCCGGCCCGCAAUGCGCCAUUAAUUUGCACAACCUUGGACUCUUCUGCGCUUCGAUUUAUGUUCCUCGUUGAAAGUUGCGGCGCGCCAGAGCAACAGUUCAGUUCGGUAUUUGUGGAAUGUGCUCCUGAUAAUUUUAUUAAUUUCAAACCGACGAAUACCUAAGCGCUCAAAGGAAUAAUAAUAAAAAAGCCAACAUGGCAAUGGAAUGGAUAACUGCAAUGGACAAACGUCCUUGCGACCGGAACCUGCGUGACGUGGAGCUAAUCUCGUGCCGCCUGCGUCGCGUGGAGCCGCUGUGUCGCCUGCCGGGAUCCGCGCUCCAGCAGUUGGCCAUGUGCGGAUUCUACGAGGACCUGGAGAAGGGCGUGACACUGUUUCGGGCCGGGGAACAGGGUCGCUUCUGGUAUGCGGUGCUCGGCGGGUCGCUGGAGGUGCGCUACCACGCCCACGCGGACGCCGAUGGCAAGAGCGCCGUCACCCUUUGCAACUUGGGCGUGGGUGCCACAUUCGGGGAGUCCGUGUUGCACGACUUGCCGCGGGAUAGCACCGUGGUAACGAAGACGACCUGCGAGUUGCUGCGAGUGGAGCAGCAGGACUUCCGACUCAUUUGGGAGAAAAACAAGGAGCUAAUGAAUGACAUUUUCACCAACUGCAAAUUGAAGAACGGUUUUGGUCCUAGUGUUCAAACAGCAGCGGCCACCUCGCCCACAAAGAGACCCCUCAGCCCCGACCAUCCGAACCCAGCGCUGCCCAUUACUGAGACGCCGAGUCCUGCUAUGAACCGCAUGGGCUGGGCCCUCCGCACUCUUCUCGUCGCCGACAACUCGAGCUGUCUGAAGGAUCGCAAGGUCUCCGGCAAGCUAAUCCGCAAGUGCGCCCCCGGAACCGAGCUGGUCGACUGGCUGGUCAACCUCUCGCCCAUCGUCCACACCCGCGCCCAGGCGGCUGGCAUGUGGCAGGCUCUCCUCGAGGAGGGAGUUCUCGCACACGUGAACAAGGAGCAGCCCUUCAAGGACAAGUGCUUCCUGUACCGCUUCCGCCUCGACGAGGAGGGCGGAACGGCGGCAGCGGGCGUGCCCCAAGCGGAGGACCUCGGAGCGGCCAACGAGCACAUCCGCGAGACGCUCAGCGCCCUUUUCCAGCGCGGUCCGGACGCCACCCUGCGUAUGAUAUUGCGCAAGCCCUCGCACGAACGGACUUCGGAGGAGCUGGAGCUAGUUUUCGAGGAGCUGGUCCACAUCGCCGCCCUCUCCCAUUUAUCGACGAGCAUCAAGCGGGAGCUGUCCGCGAUUUUCGUGUUCGAGGCUCACGCCCAGGCGGGAACAAUAUUGUUUAAUCAAGGGGACGAAGGACGCUCCUGGUACAUCUUACUCAAGGGAUCUGUGGACGUUGUGAUACACGGCAAGGGAACUGUUGCCACUCUAAAGACCGGCGAUGAUUUCGGCAAACUGGCCUUGAUAAACGACGCACCCAGAGCUGCUACCAUCGUACUCAAGGAGAACAAUUGCCACUUGCUGCGCGUGGACAAGGAACACUUCAACAGGAUACUGCGCGAUGUGGAGGCCAACACCCUGAGACUACAGGAGCACGGCAAGGAUGUUUUAGUGCUCGAGCGCGUGGCCAAGCAACGAGGACAGCAUUCAGCAUUUAAAUACACGGUGAUGUCGGGCACUCCGGCCAAGAUGCUGGAGCAUUUGCUGGAGACGCGACUGGGCCAGUCGGUCGGCGGGAUGGACCCCUUCCUGGACGACUUCCUGCUCACGCACAUCGUAUUCAUGCCCGUCGUGCAGCUGGUUGAUGAAUUGGCCAAUUACUUCCACUGCGAUGCCCACGAGGACGCCCAGACUCCCGAGGAUCGGGAGUACAUAAUCAACUUCAAGAAGCGCGUGAUCCAGUUCAUGCAGAAGUGGGUGAUGGCCGUGCGCCACGCCGCCUUCGAGGAGCCCAGCGUCUGCGACUUCAUCGAGGACCUCGCCGCCGAGGUGGAGGCCGAUCCCGACCUGAACGAGGAGACCAGCAUCGUGCACAACGUGCUCACCCAGAUGGCGCGCUACCAGGAGGACCGCAACCAGAACGCUGGCCAGAAGUGGAAGCUCCCGCCCAACGGGCAGCCCAUCUGCCUCUUCAGCGGCAACGCGACGCCCUCGAAGACAGUCAUUCGACCCGACGAUGACAUCAUUUUCCGGGUAUACUGCGCCGACCACACGUACUGCACGCUGCGCUUCCCCAUGCACACCACGGCGGAGCUCAUAAAGGCGUGUGCUGCGGACAAAUUGCAGCUGAACCGAGGUCCCGAGGACCUCGUCCUCGUGGAGGUGAAGUCUAACGGGGAGCGCUCCGUGUUCAAGGACAACGAUGUGAGCAUACCGACGGGUCUUUCGCUCAACGGCCGCCUGUUCGUCUCCGUCAAGGAUCACCUGGAUGCCUUGACCCAGCUGCAGGAGCAGGAGUGUCCCACCGAGGGCGUGGACAUCGACCUGGAGAUACUGAGCACCAAGGAGCUGGCCUACCACAUCACCCUCUUCGAGUGGGACUUAUUCUGGGCGGUUCACGAGUACGAGCUGCUCUACCACACCUUCGGGCGGCACCACUUUGGCAAGAUUACCGCCAACUUGGAUGUCUUUCUGCGCCGCUUCAACGAGGUUCAGUACUGGAUCGUCACCGAACUGGUAUCCACGCCCAGUCUGAGCAAACGCGUCGGUCUCGUCCGCAAGUUCAUCAAGCUGGCCGCCUACUGCAAGGAGUACCAGAACCUGAACGCCUUCUUCGCCGUGGUGAUGGGCCUUUCGAACAUGGCGGUGUCUCGGCUGCAGCAGACCUGGGAGAAGAUCCCCUCGAAGUUCAGGAAGAUCUUCCAGGAGUUCGAGGCCCUGAUCGACCCGAGCAGGAACCACAGGGCGUACCGCGUGUUCGUGGGCAAGCUGCAGCCGCCGCUGAUCCCGUUCAUGCCGCUGCUGCUCAAGGACAUGACCUUCGCCCACGAGGGCAACAAGACCAGCCUGGACGGGCUGGUGAACUUCGAGAAGAUGCACAUGAUGGCCCAGACGAUGCGCACCAUCCGCUUCUGCCGCUCCAGGAGUCUGGGACUCGAGCCGCCGUCGCCGAAGAGUGAGGGCGAGGUGCGGUCGUACAUCAGCAGCUUCCGCGUCAUCGACAACCAGCGGGUGCUCACCGCCAUGUCGCAGAAGGUGGAGCCCACCAGGAAGCUCUAAGUUACCCCAUUAGCCGUAGCCCGUAUUAAGUGUCUAACCCUGCGUGCGUGUUAAUCGAACCGCAAUUAGCUGCACAGUUAUGAGCUUAGCCGGGUUGUUUUCGGGAAGCCAACUUCGGCCACGGCCACCACAACCCGGGCCAACUUUCAUUCACAUCCACAUCCGCAUCCGCAUCCGCAUCCGCAAUCGCAUUAGAAUAAGCUACAGUGUAUCUACAUGUGACCCGACUAGAACUAUCUCAAUCUUCUAAUGAACUAAAACCCCCAAACGCAUUUCAAUGCAAACGAGAAACUUUUUGCUUUAGUACAAAACGAAAGAUGGAAAACAAAUUUUAAAUUCGGCAAUCCCGGCGGACACCGAAGCGAAUAAAACAAACUUGGACGUGUGUGAUACUAAACAUUUAGAGGAGGCGACAUCAAAACAAACAGCACUAAACUGCAUAAUUUCCUACAAAACUUUACUAUAUAAACCCUACGCCAGCUAGUAAAAUAAUUUGUAAAUUGUAUAACGUAUCCGAGAGCAUGGAAUCUAUUUUUUUAAAGCCCCUAAACUAAACCAACUAUUAAACAGUCUAGUUGAAGCUAGUUAUUAACAUGUAAACUACGUAGCGGAUAAGUUAUUUUAUUUAUGUCUUCAAAUUUGACUUUCGUUUGGUAAUUCGUUACGCCCCUAAGUAAUGCAUCCGCAAAUAAAAUACCAACCCGUUUAUAAAUAUUUAUUUACACAACCAUUAUUUGUUUUAUUUUGUAGGAUAUUUAAACCUUGUUGAUUUUAAGUAAGCUAUUAAAUAUGCAAAUGCAGCUGCAUGCAAAACAUUAACACUGGAGAGGGACCUUAUUAGUUGUAGAUUUGUACAUACCAUAUAGACGUGUAAAACCACUCACGUUCAUUAGACAAGUGCAAUUGUGUUCAAAAGAAGAGUGGCCCUUUCGUGUAAAUGCUGUUGGAAUAACAAUUCUUCCUUUUUAUACUGAAACCGAUUAGCCAAUUCGUCAAUAUGUGGAAAACGAUCACUCUAAGAACUUGUAAAAUAUAGCAUUUUUGCAUGUUGUGGGCUGACUUAUCGUUACCGAUAUCAUAAAAAACAAAAAUGUGACGUUGUAUUUGGGAGCUACUCUUAUUUUGAGCACAACUGUUCAUGUAAAUCUGAUGUUAUAAAUAUACUCGGUACAUGUAGAGGGUUUUUGAAUUAUUUUAAUUAAUUUCAAAACGGGUAUGUGGUUCGUUCCGACUCUAUAAAUUAUAUUUUUUCGACAGCAUAAAUGUACAUGAGCUUAGGCAAAUUUGUACACUGAAUAGCAUUAACCGCAGCCAAUUUAACUUUCUUUAAUCGAUUUAAUUAAGAAUGAUAAAAUUAUGAAAAGCAUAAAGUAAAACGAAAAAAACCCUCGAGCAUUUUUACCGAGUAUCCCAAAGUCGGAGAUCCGAUUAUAUAUGGUUUUCUUUUUAUAUGUUGACGUUUAGUAAAAACGUUUGGUCUCUGGUAUUUGGUGAUAAGCUGGAAGUCCGUAGAAAGAUACCCUGCCUGAUACAAGAGGCGGAAAGAAUAUUGUAGAUAACACCUUAAUUGUAGUUACCAUUUAAUCCAACUCCUCUCCCAAGUAAAGGUCUCUCAAACAACGAUUUAUCACAUAAUUAAAAACCAUUCCUAGAUGUAACCAAAACUUCGACCAUGAUGCGUAGAACAUAUUUGUCGUGUUAAAAUAUUUUAUCCUUUACGAAAACCAAUCAAGCAAAAAGCAUAUUCAACUACAAUUCAAGACAUUAAGUAUCCAGUGGUUUCUCCCCCAAAAAGAAGUAAUACAAAGCAAGAGCAAACGAAUUUUCAAUAAAACUUUUAUAGAUAUAGCGAGCCGAUUUGAACGAAAUAAUAUUGUUUAGUUUAUAGUUAACGGAAUGUAAACGUUUCGUAUUAAUUUACAAGCAACGCAACACCAAUUUAAGUACAGAGCAGUUUGUAAGUAGGGUCGGAAAGCCUUUAAUUACUUUAUCUACACCUUGUGCUACGGAAACGGGUAGAACCUAACACAAUCAUCCACAUAGAAUUGUGUAGGCGUUAUGAACCCGACGCAACCUUACAGUCCUCUGAGGAAAUUUUCAACACAAAAACAACUCUUAUAUACGAAAUAUUAAUCUAACGUAUUCAUAACUCUAGAAUAUAGUUCGUGGAACCUAUGCUAGUCUUAAGCAAUCGUUUCCACACCAAGGAAACCCUAUGUGUCAAAGCCAAAACGUUUCUAUAUUUUUGAGUACUGCUACGUCAAAGUAAAACCAACAAUACGCAUUCACUAAUGUUAUUGUUGUGCACUUUCAAUACUGCAGAUAUACAUACUUAAUUACCAAAUACCUACAUAUACCAAUAAAAUAUAUAGGCAAGUACUCGAAAAAGGGAAAUUUUCAAAUUUUACUUGUGAUUCGAUUUGACAAUCUCAAAACAUAACUCUACGAACUUUAUUUUCCGAAAUAUUAAAUAGGCACUUCGCAUAAAUUUAUCAUCAACGGGUAACUCACGGAUGCACAGAACCAGAUAUAUUCAUGCUAUACGUAUAUACCUCCGUUACCGCAAUAUAACUAAUGCCAAUCAGUCAUAAUCAGUCAGUAAAUAUUCGAGCCGUAACUAGAACUAACCACUAAAUGUUCAAAUCAGUAUUUACAUGUCUAACGCAAAACAAUCUCGAAGUUUACUUAUCUACCAUAUAGCAAAAUAGAGUAACGUAAAUAGUUCGUAACGGGUCGAAAGAGAUGGCUCCCCAGAGCUCACAGUAAGAAGACAACACCAACAAACCACUUAGAAGUAAUUAAUCCAUCGAGCAUGGCAUAGGCCUGUAUAUGUUUAGCAGAUCUUUUAACCGAACUACCAGAUAACAAAUACUAUUACAUGUACACCCGUAUUGCGACAAGUGAAGUGAGAUUUAUGCAAAGCAGAUAGAUAUUUUAAUGGCAAACCCUAACCGUUGAAGCUAAGUGUAAACCAGCAUGUAUCUUUGAAUGUCUAACAUUUUGAACUCAACUAAUAUUCGAAUAAAGAUUUAUGUGUUAGCGAG